AUGUCAAUGGUCUUUCAGUAUAGCCCAGCAAGGUCCCUGCACUCUUCUUGGAUGAAAGACUCUCAGCCAACUAACCUGAGCUAUGCUGACCGAGUGUGGUUUUUCAAAGGAUAUUCUACAGAAAAUGUGAUCGCUGAAUUCGAAACAAUUGAAGACAUGAAGCGUGGUAUACAAAGUGCGUCAAUUACACUUCCAUACAGGUGGGCCGGUACCGGACAUGUCGUACACAGAGGCAGUUUGUAUUUUCAGCCUCAUGGAACUCAGAAAAUUGCUAAAUAUGAUAUCCAGAAAAUGAAGCUUAUGGCAGAGAUUCACUUGAAAGACGUAGACAGUGGCAACAGAUGCACCUAUGGUUGGGGCGGUUACGCUUCCACUGACUUUGCCGUGGACGAAUACGGGCUGUGGUUGGUGUACGGGAACGUGACUGCGAACUGUAACCUGGUCAUCGCCAAGAUUAACCUGGACACUCUCAACGUGGAGAAAUCAUGGGAGACGACCAUCAAUUACAGGAUAGUUGGAAACACGUUCAUGAAAUGUGGCGUGCUUUACGCCACGAAAUCCUACAGUGAAACAUUCAUUUACAUUCGCUAUACUUAUGACACCAACACCGGGAAACAAUAG